AAAAGAGCCACACCAGUGCCAAAGGAAAAAAAGUAAAACAAUGACAACUUUCCGUCAAUUUCGCCCAGAAGAUCUCGAUCGAUUUUCGAAAUGUAACCUUGAUCCUCUCACUGAAACAUACGACCUCAAUUUCUAUCUUCAAUACUACUCGAAAUGGCCCUCAUUCUUCAAAGUUUGUGAGGAUAUGCAAGGCAAUAUUGUUGGGUAUAUUAUGGGAAAAGUCGAGUCAAGCCCUGAUGCAUACAAAUUUUCGGAGCACUACCUCCCUUGGCAUGCUCAUAUAACAGCCCUUACUGUCGCGCCUGAAGCCCGCCGACUAGGAAUAGGCAAGAUAUUAACUGAGCAGCUCGAAGCAGCUGCAGACACUCAUGACUCUUGGUUUAUGGAUCUGUUUGUGCGUAAGAGCAAUACUAGAGCCAUAUCGUUCUAUGAGAGCAUGGGUUACAGCGUUUUUCGUGUCGUUAAGGACUAUUAUGGUGACCAUGCAUUAGAUCCAUCACAGUCUGGCGAAGAUGCCUAUGAUAUGCGCAAGUCGAUGAAACGAGAUGCGACAAAUAAACACGUUAGAUCUGAUGGGAAGUUGCAUGAUGUGCAGCCGGAAGAUGUUUGGUGAUUUUAUAUACAUUACAUCGCCCACGUGGAGUGGUCGUCUACACUAACAUUGUGCGCGGGAAACCACCCAGUCUAGUAUUGUAUCUAAUACCAACUAUAAUAUAAAAUGUAAAUGUAAAACAUGUCAAAUCAUAACAAAUAAAAUACAGUAUAACCUUAAGCAUCCAUAUUGCUAAACGACGGUUCAUUCGAUGUCUUAAGAAGACGAACCAGUUU